UCCAUUCUUCCUGCCAUCUCUUUGUCUGUUGAACAGAUGACCAUAAUGAGAGCCUAUUUUUAUAUUUUAUUGUUCUAUUCGCGAGAAAAUUCUCUUUGUACUCAGUCUAGGAGAAAACAUGCCUUUUACCACAAGUAUCUUGCUGUCCAUCAUCAUCUGCAUCAUAGUAGCAUUCUGCCUUCUCGUAUUACACUUCAUUUCACUUUCUCUUUUUCGAGCCAAAUCUCCUUUGUCUUUCCUUCCAUUCCCAUCGAUAGCGACUUUUUUCGUUCCUUCCAUUUUAUACAAAUUUUUGCCUUUCCUAUUCAUCAUGUGCAAAGAACAGCUUAGCAUCAAUGACUUAGUUGAAGUAGCCAACAGGAACGAUCGCCUUAAGCUCCUUAAUGACCCAUCGGUACUUCCCGGAAACUUCGAUAAUGAGAUACACUCUGUAUUUCAGAGUGCAACACUCUCAAACAAUCAUUUAAAACAGGCACUUCAAUUGGCUUCGCUAUUUUUGCAGGAAGAUCGCUUACUCGAAUUUUUCAUUCCACUUACAUACGGCUGUGUACAGACCGAUCUGGGCUCUGGAAGGACUUACCUCACAAACCCCACGGCUUGGAAGUCCGACGCUCAGAUCAGCUUGUAUCUGCGAGGGGUAAAGAAAGCGCUGGAUUGUUUAGCGCAUUGCGUUUACUUCCGUUUCAGGAACCCCGAAGAUAGACUCUGGGGCCGCACACUGUUGCUGAACAAGAAGCCCUCACAUACCCCAUCAUGCUCCAAAGCAUUCCAGCACGACGUAUCUGUGAUAAUCGAACUGAAUGGUAGGCUGCGAAACUACUACGAGGAUGAACAAACAGGAUACAGUACGCGCUCUAAAUGCGAUCAGUUUCGCCACGAUUUUCAAUUCGCGGCUACCUUAGUGCACGAGCUUGUCCAUGCUUUUGGUAUCUUGCGUAGGGGCAAUAUGAAUGAACCUUGGAUCCGCCUCGAUCUGCCCGAUCACGAAUGGGGCUACGCAUGGGAGAAUUUUGCAUUCGGAGCCAUCAUAAACCCGCAAGACCGAAAGAGAUCCGACACCCAUGUACAGUUGCGCAAGACUUGGUCAAAUCAGGUGUACGAGAGAAAUGGAAAGGAAUACUCUGCGGUCCCGGUAGCAUGGACAGCACAGUGGUUCCGCAAGGAAUCAUGGGCGCGCAUCUCAGCAGCCGGCCUGCUCACUAUCCCACUGCCUGUGACCCGCAUCAAGUUCAUGAAAUUCCCCAAACUUUGCAGGUGGAUCGUCAUGACCGAUGUUGUGGAGACUAAGAAUGACAUCGAGGCGCUGCACAACUGCGCUGUCAAGAACCGCCUGCAAAGCCCUCACUUCUCGGUCCGAGACAUGGAGCUGUGCAAGGUAGACUGGAAAUACACCGAAUCUGCAGAGCUGCAGAAGUCCAACGUCCCUGUGACACAGCGUAUCUAUGAUAGAGCCAACAGCCAUACAUUGUAUAGCCCCAUAGCAAUGACGGCGUUCGGAGCUGCCCCUGAAGCUAUGUUGAGAAAGACAUCCACACCAUGCUUGAGCUGUAUCACUGUCAUUCCCGUAGCUCGAGAACCUCUAGCAGUUUUGACACCUCAGUCAGCGAACGGGUGUUUGAAGCGUUCAAGGGAAGCGGAAGACGACGAGGGGAUAACCCCAUCCCGGAAACUCAUCAAGGUUUAGUAAGCGCUGGCUCAACACGAGCUAUUCAUGAGAGUGGUCAGCAGUCAACUCAAAGAGGCUGGUUCUCGGAACGAUACGACAUGCUCAUUUCUCUUCAUUCGAAUGAGAAGGGGGUGAUUGGCCUGUCGAGUCUGGUUUCUUUUCUGGUAUUUUCAGCGUUGCAUUGCAUAUCCAUCACUUUUGCAUACAUAUCGCGCAAUAGCUCUAAUAGAUUUGAUUCAAAUAUGCUGUACCACAUGAGAGAAAAAAAAUGCAAUUUUACUAGCUGUCCCCCGUUGGUUCGUGCAGUACCAUUGGUAGCUCAGCUCAACUUGCUGUAGAGCUCGAAGUGUCUUUGACUACGAUGCGUAAUCCUAAAUUUAUACACGAUUAAAAUAUUUGAUCAGCAUAUGAAAGUAUCAAGGAGCGAAGGAUCAAUACGGCAGCUAAUAAUGUAGCUAGCUGUAGGACUCCAUACAGUUGGACUUUGCUGAGGAUAACGGCAGUUGCUCUGAUGAGGACUAUCGAUUCCAUGCAAGCCUGUAUACAACCAUCUCAGGCGACAAUCAUAAUAUCUUAAAAUCAAUUAACAGCAUAUUGGCGUAUGACUUCUCUUAUUCUAUUUUUGCAUUCGAUGCAUGCAUCUCUUGAGUGCACAGCCCCAACGCUCACCCAUGACCACAGACCCGACAAACGAAGCAUCACGAAAACCAAUCCAGUGACGUGUAAGAAUCGCAGAAAUGGCUAGAUGUGGGGAGAUGAUGAUCCUGUCCAGAAGAAGGCAUACGUACGGUUUGACCACGGUGUGCCCAUUGAGUGGGCCUUUAUAUGCGGCCCCUGCCACGUUGAAUGCAGACAAAAGAAAUAAGCAGUAU